AUGUUGAAACACCUUUCCAUGAAGAAGGAAGAGAAAAGAAUGCUAACAGUUGAUGAUAAUAUCGAAACGAUAUCGCUGAGUAGUAUCGACACUCGAUCGAAAUUAUUCGAUACUAAAAGCGACUGGAUUUUGCUGAAUGUCGGUGGAAGACAUUUCUUGACGACGCGAUCAACCCUGUUGAAAGAAGAAUCCUUUCUUAGUCGUUUAUGUCAGUCAAAUUCCGAUUUGAAAACUGAUUUAGAUGACAAAGGUGGAUACUUAAUUGAUCGUGAUCCAGAUUAUUUCAACGUCGUUCUAAACUAUCUUCGUCAUGGGAAAUUAAUUCUAGAAAACAAUCUUGUCGAGGAAGGCGUCUUGGAAGAAGCAGAAUUUUAUAACAUUCAAACGUUAAUUGAACUCGUCAAAGAACGAAUUCGUGAACGAGAUAAACGAAAAGCUGAUGAUGGAACAACAAACCGUGUGUAUCGUGUAAUGCAAUGCAAAGAGAAGGAAAUUACACAUCUGAUGUCUUCAUUAACUGAUGGUUGGAAGUUUGAACAGCUUAUUGGUCACUCGCCUGUUGGCUCAAGUUAUAUUUAUCCCGAGGGUGAAUUUUUGUGUAUAGUUUCCAAACAGUACGAUCGAAACGUACGAGAAGAGAACAGUAGUUGUUUGUCACCUCGAGUGAAAAUUUUGCAAGAACGUGGUUCAAGAAUAAAAAAAAACCGAUACUCUGUACAAUCACCGAUCUUUUGUCGUCUUUAUCUGUCAAGUAAACGGGUACGAAUGACCGGUCAUUUUUUUGAGGGCGCUGAGAAAUUAUUAGAACUUUGGUUUACGUCAAAUACGACUGAUCCAAAUAAUCCAACGCCACAAAAUGAUUUGCGAAAUAUUCCUCGGGAUCUUAUGGAAGAAGUCCUGGAUUUGGUCAACUGCAAAGUACUUCGAUAUGCUCAAUCAGAUACAACGGACACAUAUGUAUUGAGCGAAUCAAGCAUGUUUGUUUUUCGUACACAUUUGGUAUUAAAAACAUGUGGAGAAACAACGUUACUCCAUGCUGUUCAACCAUUGUUAGGGCUUGCUCGCGAUUAUUGUGGAUUCGAUGUAGUUGAUCAAGUUUAUUAUAGUCGUCGAAAAUUUCUUCGUCCUGAAUUACAAAAAGCACCACACACAAGUUUCGAUCAUGAAGUCGCUUAUCUCGAUUCGUGUUUCGAAGGCGGCAGUGCUUACGUUCUCGGUCGUACAAACGUCGAUUGUUGGUAUUUAUACACGCUUGACAAGUCAUGCGUUGGCACGAAAUCAACUCAGACAUUGGAGGUGAUCAUGACCGACCCCGAUCCGAACGUAAUGAAGAUUUUCUACCAAGAAAAUACAAAUUCAGCGACUGAAGCUACACAAAAAGCUGGCAUUGACAAAAUUUUUCCCAAUGCGAAAAUCUUUGAUUAUCUAUUCGAUCCAUGUGGAUAUUCAAUGAAUGGUCUUUUGCCUGAUGGUUAUUACUUUACUAUUCACAUCACACCGGAACCAGAUUUUUCGUAUGUCAGCUUCGAAACUAAUGUACCGUACCACCAGUACAAUGAAAUCAUUGACAAAGUGGUCAAGAUAUUCAAUCCGGGCAAGUUCACAACAACAAUCUUUGGCGGAAAGCCAAGUCCCGGUAAAUGA